AUGAAAUUCAGGUUCUCUACUGUGAAAACACCAACUGGUCGAUCAGGAUUAAAGUCGCCAGAUAAGCGGAAGACACUGGGUAUACUGGGUAUACGAUCUUGUGCUAACAAGUCAAUUGAAGCACUGAUAGGACAAAAUUAUGGAAGCGAUGUAGAAUUGGAAAUAGAUGAGACAGAAAAAUUGAGAUUGGACUUGGAUUUGGACCUGGACUUGGAGUCUGAUCGAAAGAGAGCUACAACAUCAGCUAAAAGGAAAGAAACGACAGAAAUGCUGGAUUUGGGUCUGGACUCAUCCGGCGAAGAGUACCAAGAAACCGGUACCCCUAGUAGAAUAAACAAGCCAAGUCUAAAUCAAGAGGAGUUACGCAAGCCAGCUAUGGCUAGUAGGAAAAAGCGAUCACCACUGAUACAAGUUCAAAACAUCUUCAAUUCCUUUGCAGGUCAAAUACUACAAUCGGCGACCACCAAUGACCCUAUUAUUAGUGGAAUCGAUAAUAUAGUGCCAACGAUCCAUGAGCCACACAUAUUUGACCCUCUACCGAUCCCAAAAAUUAAUAGUAAUGGUAACAUUGAUGACCCCGAGUUUCUUCAAACAUACAUGAAUGGCGAGGACCCUUCCAAAAUUAACAAUGAAAGGUUGGUAGAUGAACGCGCAUUCUCAUUGGAAGGACCUGAAGGCUAUUUCGAACAGCAGCAUGCAAGAUUCAGAAUCAAUGCAAAUUCCUUAAUUGCUCCUAAAUUGACUCGUGAUGAGUUUAACAAAGCGGUGCAACAAAAUGAAAUUACAAAAAUUUCGAGUCUUCUUCCACACAAAUACCUCUAUCACCAGUGGUGCUUUGAACUAUCACAAGGCUUCAACAUCAACUUCUACGGCGUCGGAUCGAAACUAUCCAUUAUCAAUGACUUUGCAGAAAACUACUUUGGUAUUUGGUGGACGGAAAACACUGAAGACCCACUCCCAAAAGUGUUUGUUGUCAAUGGUUAUAAUCCAAAUGUCGAUUUCAAAACAAUUGUCCUUGAAAUAGCUAAUGUUUUGGUAAAGGACAACACUGCCACAAAACUACCGAAACACGUUUCUGACACAGUGCCAUUCCUUGUAGACUACAUGGCAAAAGAACCCAUUACCCCAAGACUACUCCUCAUAGUGCACAAUAUCGACGGUGAGUCUCUCCGAUCAGAUAAAACCCAGGGACUAUUUUCACAAUUGGCGGCAAUCCCGCAAAUACUAGCAAUAACUUCCACGGACCAUAUCAACGCGCCACUCCUCUGGGACCUGUCGAAAUCAAAAAACUUGAAUUUAAUAUGGCACGAUUUAACUACAUACGCGCCAUACAUUGCAGAACUCUCGUUCAAGGAUAUCCUCAAUUUAGGAAAAUCGAAAAAGUUUGUUGGAAGUCUUGGUGCUAAAUUUGUUCUUAGAUCGUUAACUGAGAACCACCGCAACCUCUACCGCUUGCUCUUGGAAGGCCAGCUAAUCAGGAUGAAACCUAUUGCCGAUACAAGAGGUCUGGGGCUAAAGGGGGUGGUCAAAUUUGCAUUAGAAUUACGUUUACUCUAUAGUCUAUGUUUGGACGAGUUCAUAGUAUCCAACGAAGUCACAUUCAGAACUUUUCUCAAGGAGUACCUCGACCAUAAAAUGUGCCAGCUAGUCAAGGACUCUUCGGGCUUGGAACUAUUGUUUGUGCCAUUCACCUACAGCGAAAUGGAAACCCUAUAUAAAGAAGAAUUCGAGACAUAA